UUCGUAACAGAUUGUAGUUUUGGAAACAGAAAUCUGUAUUGAGAUAAAAUAUUUAAUCGAUGAGGAAAUGUGCAGAAUGUCGGCCCAAAUCCAUUUCGCUCCAUCUUCUCCCACUGCCGGCCACUGGGCUUCCUCUCAUCAUCAAAUUUGGUAGUGAUUGGAAACGCCAACCGAAUGCUUCACAUUUGUACAUCCGGUGAAAUUUCUGGCUCAUUUUCUAUAUGUGCUAGAACUCUUGUGGGCGAGACAUUCGAUUCAUACAGAGCAGCAAAAUGGCCGACCGUCAACCAACUGACUUUCCAGAGCUUUAAAAACGAAUUAUUCUGCACAUUAGUUAGGUUUACGUUAUCAUAGUAUUUACAAAUCAAGAGCACCAACGAGUAUAUUUCUUUGUUAGCCACAUACUUCAUUAUUCGUUGAGGUUGUUUUUCCAUGUUUCAUCAACUAGGAUUUCGCACUGAAGCACUUUAGCCACAGCAGAUGAAAGGGGAAAUAAUAUUUGCUUCUUUAGCUAGCUAACACGCCAGCUAUAUUUCAUAUGUGAUUCCUGAGAAAGGAGUAUCAGGAAAGGGAACAGUAGUUCAUGGAAGACAAAAAAAGGAAGAAAGAAGACAAAAGGAAAAGGGAAGCCUCUCAGAAGGUUGCAGAGCAAAAAAACAAAGUGUCAGAAUUGACCAAGCCCUCGUCCACCCAGUCUCCUGCCGCCCCCAGCUCUGCUUCCCCCAGCCCUGGACCCACCCCCUCGGCAUCCCCCUCCCCUGCCACCGCGGCUGCAGGCGUCGCCCCCCCCCCCAGGGUGGGAACAAUGCGAAGCGGCCGGCGGUGGCCAACGGACAGCCCCCCGCAGCAGGCACCCAGGCCUCCCAGCGCUACAUGCCCCGCGAAGUGCCCCCGCGAUUCCGCUGCCAGCAAGACCACAAAGUGCUACUGAAGAGGGGCCAGCCGCCGCUGUCCUCCAUGCUACUGGGGGGGAGGCACCGGCGGAGGGGGAG